AUGUGGCAUGAAGCUAGAAAACAGGAGAAAAAGAUCAAAGGAAUGCUCGUUGACUACCGCAAACGAGCUGAUAGACGAAAGGAGUACUAUGAGAGGAUUCGAGCAGAUCCCAUUCGAUUCAUGCAAAUUCAUGGCAGAAAGUGCAAAAUCAACUUUGAUGUCACAGAUGUUACUGACGAUACACACAUGAUGCCUUGGCAGAACCAGAAAAAUAAUCUAAUUGAUAGAUUUGACGUACGAGCACAUCUCGAUUAUAUUCCAUCACCAAAAAAGGAAGAAAAAGACGAAUCAGAGAAAGUCACAGACGAAGAACGACAAUCGAAUUAUGAACGAUAUCGAGUUUUAGCACAAAAUGAAUUUCUGGGAAUAGCGGAAGACAACUUUCUCAGACAAAUUCUAAUUGAAGAGCAGUUUGGAAAUAAUGAAAAGACUGAAAGUGACAAGAAUAAGAAGAAAAACAGUCAAGCGACAGCUGCAAUUGGAUAUAAUUAUGACGAUUCAUCUUUAGCAACAACAACUGUACCAUUUUCCCAGCAAAUCUUAACAAUUGAGUCAUCAACGUCAUCAAAUCGUUAUGAGGAAUAUGCAAAAGACUAUUCUGAUGACUCUGACAUUGAUAUGGACGUGUCAGUUGAUGUUAAAAAAGUUGGUACACAACAAGCACAUGAACUUAAUAAUUAUGGGAAGAAAUAUGGAAUGCAUUCAAAUGAUUUAUUUUCGUACUUAACGCGUGAUGAAGAUGAGAAAUUAUCAUUAAAAGCAAUGAAGGAACAGGAAGCUGAUAAGAUUCUUGGUGGUCGUAAAAGUCGACGAGAACGAAGAUCGCAGAGAGAAAAGAGAAUUCUUGGACGUGUUAUUAAUUCACCGCCAAGUUAUGCUGCAAAAAAGGAACAAGAAAAGCCAGAUGCAGAGGCUGAAGAAAGCGAUAAAAGUUCUAGAGAAUCAAAAUCACCGUCUGUUGAAAAAAUAACGUACAUCACAUCAUUUGGUGGUGAAGAAGAACUACAGCCACAUGCUAAAAUUUCAAUUCCUUUUAAGAAAACAGCACCAAAGAAUCUUGUUAAUUUGAGACGAAAUGAGUCAUUUGCUGAUAAAGUUAGACAAAAUUCUGAUAAAUUAAAGCAUAUGAAUGAUAUGGAAAGAGAUCGAUAUGAUAGCAGGAGAAGUAGAGAUCGAGAUAGACGAAGUAGUUCUAGAAGACGGCAUUCUAGUGCAUCAUCACGUUCCAGACGAAGUUAUUCGAGAAAAAGACGAUACAGUUCCAAAUCAUCGAGGUCCAGAAGUCGAUCGAGGAGGCGGUACCAUAGUUCUAGAUCUAGGAGUCGCAAAAGGUACCGUCAUCGAUCAUCAAGCCGUUCUAGAUCCCGUUCAUACAAUCGACAUUCGAGAAGUAGAAGAAAAUCGAGUAGUUACCGGAGACAUUCAUCAUACAAAAAAUCAACCAGCCAACAUGAUUCAGUUAGUCGAGAAAGGUCUUACAAAAAGUCAAUUUCAAGGAAAAAGUCAUCAAGUAGAAAACCAUCUAUUAGUCGAGAUCGGAAGCGAUCAAGGAGCAUGGUUAAAAAACGUUCAAGCAGUAAAGAUCGGAAACAUUCGAGUAGUAGAGACAGGAAGCGAUCAAGUAGCUCAUAUUCUACGUCUUCGUCAUCAUCAUCCUCGUCAUCUAGCAGUACCUCAACUAAUUCGCCUGAAAAACGACCAAAAUCAACGUCAAAAGAGAAAAGUCUGACUGAAAAAUCAAAAUCUAAGUCGAAAUCACCGAUAAGAGAAAAGCGGUCAAGUUCGAGCCAUAAGGAGACACCAAUAACUGCUGAGGCACCGCCACCAAUGAAAAGAUAUUAUGGGAGAAAACGUGAUGAUGAUAGUUCAAGUUCGUUAAGUGUGGAUAGUGAUGAGGAUGAUGAUAAAAAGCAUGGCUCGAACGAUAGCUCCGCUAAUGAUGCAUACAAAUUUAAAUCUGUCAAUAGGUCUGGAGAUAUCAAAAUUGGAUUAAACAGAUCGACAGUCGGUGGACCAUCAAUUAGCAAUCCAAGAGAGAAGUUGAAAAAGAAAAUGCAACUUUUGUUAAAUAAGCAAUAUAAAGCUGACAAAAAGGCUGAAUCGGAACGUAUUGAGCGUCAAAUUCAACAACAGCAGGAACGCGAUGAAGAAAUGAGAGAAUUGGCAAUCAAACUGAGAAAACGACAGCGUGAAUUGCGUCAUAAAUAUGGUGGAGAUGGAAAUCAGGAUUCAAGGACGAAUAGUGAUUCUGAUGAAAAUGAAAUGUCAAAUCGGAGACGUGACAGAGGAAAUUCAUCAAGUAAAUCAAAUUCACCUCGAAAACGAAGAAGUCGAUCAGAUUCUAGACACAGGAAACGUGUUAAGAAAAGCAUUAGUCGCUCACCGUUAAGGUAUCGAAGAUCUAGAACUCGUAGCUCAGGUAGGAAUCGUCGUUAUUCACGUUCAAGAUCCCGCGAUUAUCGCCGUUAA